AGAAAAGAGGAACAAUGUUUUAUAUAUAUAAAUAAACAUUUUGUCUAUCCGACAGACAAAAUAUGCAUUUCUUCCUCUAACUUUGCAAUAAAAUAGAAAAUGAAGAUGUCAACCAAGUUACUUAUUUCAUUUUUGAUGGUAAUGCAUUCAACUUUCGUUUUAAGUCAUACAUCUGGUGAUCAGGCGCUAGCUAGUAUAAAACGUUUGGAAAAAUUACACAAAGCCAUAGAAGAAGAAACGAUAGUUCUGAAAAUUCGGGCUUACUCAGUGUUUGGAGAAAGCGAGGAAUCUGAGGACGAGCAUGACGAAUCUCUACAGCACGGAGGAAAUUACGUGCGUUGGGGAAGAACAACGUGUCCUGGCACUUCAUGGACAAUAUAUAAAGGAUACGCUGGUGGAUCUUUCUAUACAGAUACUGGUGCCGCAGCUAAUUCUUUGUGUCUACCUAAAGAUCCUCAAUGGAGCGAGAAGGCGAUGAAAAUAGAAAAAAAGCAUGUUAGUGUCGCCUUUGUUUACGGGUCAGAAUAUCUACUAGGUACCGAAAAUAAAGGAUUUUUUGGAGAUAAAAUCGGUCCAGAUGGAUAUGAUGUGCCAUGUACUGUUUGCGGGGUAGAACGUGCAAACAUUUUGAUGAUUCCUGGAAGGACUUCGUGUUAUGUCGGCUGGAAAACAGAAUACACUGGUUAUCUUGUAGCCGGGCAUCCAAGACAUUCUGCGACAUCUGAAUACAUUUGCCUUGAUGAAAAUCCGGAAGGUAUAGGAGAUCCCCAUAAUGCGAACGGAAAGCUAUUCUACUUGACAGCAGUAGGCAAAUGUGGUUCUUUACCGUGUCCACCAUAUGUUGAUGGGAGACUAUUAUCAUGCGUGGUUUGCACGAAGUAGAUGGUUUAUAUUCUACACUACCAUCGGUUGGGCAAUAAUGUAAAAUUAACAAUGCUAUUGAUAGACUAAUACAAUAAAAUCUUUGUAAAGCUCUAAUACUUUUGCAUAUCGACUAUAAAGUUUGUGUUUGAAACUUGAAGAAGAAGAAGAUGAGAUGAAGAUAAAGAAGAAGAAAAAACACUUCCGAAAUACCUGUAUAGAUGGAAUAUGUUUGUAUAUUUUCUUUUCAGCAAUUAAAUGGCGCAUUCACAAAAUCAUCGCUAAACAGAUAAGACCUCUAAACCACAGUAUAUUUUGCACCGGAAAUUUUAUUUUGUUUAUGCACAAGAUCCACGUGUGUUAUAAAUAAUAGUCAUUUUAUGUUACAUCUCAUUCAAGGUUCCACCACAUGAUUUCUUUCUUAUAAAUUUAUUAAGCAGUUUUAUUUCAAAAUCGAUAACUGUGAUCACUUUAAGCCGUAUGCUUCAACUCAUGGGAGCACCUGUAAAUCUUUUUAUCACAUAAUCCAAGCAAGCGGUUAACCAUAUCCCUUUACAUCUGUUCUGUAAGGGCUGGUUAGCUAACAUACUAGUUCUUUCUUGCCACAACAGCUUCUGGUGCUGAUCCAGAUUAGUUUUAACAUAUUUAUUUUAGCUCGAUUGCGAAACAAGUUCUUGCAACUUAUUUUAAUCACUUUCGAAUCCGCUUCCUUAAACCAACCAGUAUUAGUGUCAUAUGAAGAAACAUGGUCGUAACCCGGGUAGGGCUCAAACCCAUGAUCAGACUCCUUAACCACUAGACAACCGCUCGUCUGAUCUAGAUUUUUUAAUCGGGGGGGGGGGGGGGAAGAGUGAGUGGAAGGGGAAUGGAUUGAAUGAAGGGUCGCACAAAUUUAACAAGGAGCAAAAUAGUUUUGAGGGGGUUUACAUUUAUUUUGUUUUCCAAAGGAGUUUCUUUUGGCGAAUACUCACUAAUUUUGUGUGUGUUUUUUAUUCAUAAAAACGUAUUUUGAUAUCCAACUCUAAGAGGCGUUUGACAUACUACCCAAACAAAGUCACAUGGCGUAUGCUCUGUAACCUUAUCCUCACCUCCCUCCUCUUAAUUUGCGCAUGAGCGAGCGCUUUUUAAAAUUGUGUCUAUGUUUAAGAGGCUGUCAGACAGGUUAUGGAUCAACUGUAAACUAAUUUAUAUUUAAGAGUUCAUAAUGAGGUGUGAGGAGGUUUAGUGAUUUAUUCUCAUAAAAUUACUUCUCUUCCGUAAUCACUUUAAGACAUUUGUUUGAGCGAAACAUGUCUUACAUCUGAAAAAGAACACUAUUAUUUAUGUCAGUCCAUUUAUUAUUAUUGUAUUAUUAAUAAAAUGUUAUUAAGUCAAGGUUAUAUGGUAGACCAUAUUUCAAUGAAAAAUUCUUUUGUAGAAUUAUGCCCAAUCAUAAAAUGUAUUGACAGUGUAAAAUUAAUAUUGUUCACAUGUAAAUUAUAAAUGUGGUGAAUAUGUAUAUUUAAACUUGUUUUUAUUGAAAAAUAUAAGUGUUAUUUGUUCCUAUCUUAACUUGAACUCUUUACAAAUAAAAC